AGGUCGCUCCUCAAGCGCUUGUUUCAAACUAACUUCCGGUCGCGCUCCAAAAGCAAAACAACGAAAGCGUUGUUUACCUUUGAAUCUCAGUAUCAAGAUGACUGAUAGUUGUAUAUUUGAUGUUGUCAGAGGAUUAGCUCUUCUAGUUGGAUUAGCUGCAGGGUCAAAAUCUAAAAUCUCUGACCUUGUGUUUACAACAUGGAUAGCAUUAGGAAUGUUUAUCUUCCCCGAUUAUGUGGUUGGCUAUCAGGUUUCUGGAAAAACAGAUGGAUUAAUGAUCUUCUUUGUCAGAUGUACAGGUGCCAGUCAAUUAGCAAUGACAAUGUUUAUGUAUCUAACCAGGGAUACUCGUGAUGAGACAGUCAAGGGCGCCAUUUUGUGGUCAAGAACUCUCGGCACAGCUCCUAUGUUGAUGAUAAUGAUUUAUGGACAAGUCUACAAAAACAAGUUCUUUGGUCAUGGUAACUUGUGGUUUUUGCUGCCAUUUUUUAUCAGUAUUUGGCUCUAUAAUGUUUACCAGAUGCACACCCCACCUCCAGCUGUUGGACGUAGAGAACAGAAGGGAUUUGUCAGCAUCCUGCUGAGAGUGCAUUUUCUGUUUAUCUUUCUAGUAGGUCUACAAGGCCUGGCAUUCCCAAACUCAGUCAUUACAUUUUUCAUGAAUACUACCCCACAGUUCAUACACCAGCACUUUGUUCGUGUGAUGUGUGCAUCUGAUUUCUCUGCCAUAUUUGUUAUCUGGUAUGCACCAAGUUUUCUCCGGGAUGAUGACAGGAAGGCUCUCUUCAUUUCGCAUCUAGCAGCAGCAGGACUUGGAGUCCUCAGUAUCCUGGCUGCCUGCUUUGUUGACCAUGCUAUAGAGAUAUCACAGAUGUACUGGAUCCUCCUGCUCAUGACUCCAGUCAUCAUACCAGCUAUUGGACUGGGUCUGAUACUACAGAAUGAACGUUCAAAGAAUGAAGUGUUUUCUACACCUUCCCAUUACUACAUGAGAUCUAGUCAGGUUAAGAAAGAGUAGUAUCACAUUCAUGAAAUUAAGAAAGCAAUGUUUCUUUUCACAUGUUUAAUUGUUUUCAUAUAUGAUUUGGUAGAAUGAAACUUGCAUAGUAUGGAAAUAAACUUCAGGCAGAAUAUAUUUUAACAUUACAAUGCAUUAUGAACAUGAUGAAGAUCUGUUUUUAGAUCUAAUAUUUAUAUUUUUACAUACAUAACUGGUUAUUAAAUUUUAUAUGAAAAUUGAAAAGAAGAUGAUGAAGCAUAAUAAUAAUUAUUAUUUUAAUAAAUAUCAUGUAUUUUUAACUAAGAAAACCAAUAGUGUGGUAAACUAAAACUGACCCAAGAAUGAAAAGAUGUGAAACAGUUGAAAUAAUGUAUUCAAUUAAACAAUGAUGAAAUAUAUUUACAAAAUAGGGAGACUAAUAUUGUUGACCUUUAUUGUCCUCAAUGAUUUUAAAAUAAAACUGAUUUUCUAAAUUUUUGAAAUUUCAACAAGAAUAUGUUAAUUGUGAUUUCUGGACAAUAUAACAUCAUACAAAAUAUGUCACUCAAGAAAAAGUUAUCGUGUGCUUGCAUAUCUGUGGCUAAAUAUUUGAUAGUAUAAAUUACAAUGUUUUACUCGCAAUUGGCAGCAAUUUCAUUUUUCUUUCAUUUUGAUACUAGAUACAUGAACAUCAAGUGCAAUUGCAAUUUGUAAUAAUAGACUAUAAUUAAAUGAUUGGUUUAAUAAUCUCAGGUAUGAAAUCUACUGUCCUUCCACAAUGUUUUCAGUUUAAAGGAGAUUAUAGUUUACAUUUGAUCAUAGCUAGGAUCAUAUAGACUUUGAACUAUAUGGAAAUCAGUGACACUUACCAAGAAAGUUUGCAACACCUUAACUUUUGAUUUCGUUCAACAACCACCUUCACAUUGUUACAUCACACAUUUUCACUUGUGUAAUAAAAGUUUUACGCAGACAUCUGUGAUGUCACAUUGCAGCAAAUAAAAAGUAAUAAAGUGUAUAAAAUCAUGGUAUAAGUGGUGUUUUUUCAAUACCAGAAUCUUUUUUGAUAAAUGUAUUCAUUUCAUUCAUAUAGAAUUUUUAUACUUAUAAUUAGAAUAAUUCAAAGAAGGCAGCUACACAUAAUUUUGUUUUGAAGAAUAAUAACACAUAUACUUGUUAUCACAUUUAAAUAGGCAAAUCAGAUUGGACUUCUUUAAUAAGAUUAAAAACUGUAUAUAUUUUUGUAAGUUUAAGUGGGAAUUUGAUGGUUAUGAAUAUAAUUUUUGGUUGAUUUGUGUUAGCAUUUUACUGGUCCAUUGUUUUAAAAUUUAGGCAAUAUGCCAAUAUACAAUGUUUUUUAAAAGCAAAAAACAAUUUAAAUUUUACUUUUUAAAUGUUUUAGUGGUUUUAUGUUGUAUGUUUUAAAACAAAAAUUUGAAUUAUAUGUUGAAUGAAAAUCAAUGUUAUAUUCCAACACAUAUUAUGAUUGUGUGAUUUUUUUUUUACUCUAAAUUUAAAAAAAACAUAUUUGAAAAUAAUAUAGUGCUGAUUGUGUCACUGUUCAGUAUUUUUGUUAUAAAGUAGAUUGUGUUUGAUAUUAAUGUAAUUUACUUAUGUACUGUUUUGAUUUUACAUAUUAUUGUCGUGUGCUGUCAAUAAUGCUUAUUUUUUUAUUUUUGAUUAGGUUAGUUUAUAAAUAACUAAGGGAAAAUCAAUGGUAUUUGGAAUGCAGUUUUAUAUAAUUUCCCUUGUCCACUCACUUAUGGUCAAUUGACUUUGAAACUUUUGUUAUGUUAAGACGUUAAAGUUUGUGGAUAGGUCAGUUUAAAUUGAUAUUUGUUAUGCAGUUGUAUAAGAAUAAGAUAUCUCAUCAAAAUUACACGCAGGUAUGACAUAUCUCUGUGUCGCCAGUUAUUUAUAUGAUAAACACAGAUCCAUUUGUUUAAUACUUGUAUAUACUGACCAGCAUUUAAUUAUGACCAAAGAGCUGUAACUCAGAUAGUUUUCUUGAAUUUGAAGUCCCAUGUUUCUUUUCUGAUUAUUCACUUUACUGGAAUUGUGUUCAUGGUGAAAAUAAGCUAAACACUAAAUUUGACCUCUCAUUUUGUGUAUAUGUACCUAUUGUAUUAUCUAUAUCUAUUUAUCAUUUACAUAGUUAGAAUAGUAUGAAAUAUAUACAAUUAGUAAUCUCCAUAUGUCAGAACAUCUUUUUAAAUGUAUCUGACAAACUCUAUCCAUGGUAGCAAGAAGAUUAUAUAUUUUUUAAAGUGUUUUGAUAAAAACAACUUUUUGAAUUUAUAUUUUGAAUGUUAACAAAAUAACUGUUUGAAUUUAUUGUUUCUUUGUCAUCAAUUUUGUGCCAUAGUAAACUGGAAAUCUUUUUAAACUCUAAUUUUAUAAAAUAUUGUUAAAUGACAUUUAAU